CUGGGACUGACGACGACGAUGACUCAAACGGAAAAGCGUCCCACACACGCCGAAGGGUCGGGGGAUUCUGGGCUCCAGCCGUUUUGGCUCGAGACCUUCCAGCAAGAGCCUGACCUGCGAGCACUCCCAGCCAGAGUAACCUGUUGCCAAUGACCUCGGCCACGGACCGCAUGGAGCUCGCGGAGGUCGGCGGCGAGGCGAGUGGGUCGGAGCAGUUCUUGGUCCAGGACGCUCGCGCCCGGCGUUCGCCCUGGCGUGCGGCGGGUGGCGCAGGCGUGGCCGCCCUGCUCCUGGCCGGCGCAGGCGCGGGGGCAGCGCGUUUUGCGUUGCGCGGGGCGGCCUCGGACACGGACCGCCUCCAGAGCAAGGUGCAGACGGUGGCCUUGCCCCCGCGCGACAAGUGCGCCAGCACGGAUGACGACUGCUACAGCUUGGGGUGUUGCAACGUUGCGGGCCUGAAUUGUUUCGAGACCAAGCCUGGGAAGGGCAAGUGCCUGAAGAACUGUACUCCCAGCGCUUCCCAGCUGUGCGUUCAGACGCAGCCGAUCAUGGACCCGAUCCUCAAGGAUGCCGACUGGUACGGCCCGUCAUUGUACUGCUUCGCAGUGGUCAUGCAGGACAUCGGCAGCACAAAGAAGAUGUACGACUUGGAGCUCCUCCAGGGAGCAUACGAGAGGAGGACCAGCAUCUUCGGGUGCGAGAACUGGGGUGUGUUCAGCGACAAGGAGGGCGAGGUCGGACCUGGCGCUCCGCUCGUGAAGCUGGAGGAUGCCGACGGGGACUUCCACUUCGCGAAGAGAGAGGAGACCGGCACCUGGCUGAACACGGGCCUGCACUACCAGGCCUGGAAGGCAAUUGGGGAAGCGGGCGUGUACAAGAGUGCCAGUUGGGUCGUGAAGCUCGAUCCAGACGCGGUGUUCGUGCCGAGCCGCUUGGUGUCUUACCUCUCUAGCAAGUUGGUCCCGGCCACCGGCCUCUACCUCGAGAACUGCAUAGGCGUGAAGUAUGGGUGGUUCGGCAGCUUGGAGAUUUUCUCGGCGGUGGCCUUCGAGACGCUCCUGGGGUCGAUGGCCUCGUGCAAGGAAACCGUCGACUGGAAGACGGGCGUUGACGGAGGCAAGUACGGCCCUAUGGGCGAGGAUCUGUUUGCGCAGGUCUGUUUGGACACGAACGGUGUCUCCCGUGGAGAGGCAUUCGGCUCCAAGCUGGACGGAACUUGCGAGGCGGACCGGCCAACCGCCGAGAAGAAGAACAAGAAGUGGAAGCCCACGUGCGACGGCGAGAACUUCCCGGCGUACCACCCGCUGAUGAAGCCCGAAGACUAUAUGGCGUGCUUGGAUGCUACCACCAAGGCGUUCGGCUACUGAGCGCCCCAUGGGAGCCUGAGAAGCUGCGCUGCGCCAGGCAGAGGGCCCUGCCUGUUAGGCCUGCCUCGCGCGCGCACACAAUGUUUUGUUGUAAUGCAAUGGUUUUGGUCAUGCAAUGAUUUUUCGCGCUGCCCUGAUUUCUCCUCCCACACGAAGAUGGUGAUGAGUAAAGAUGUGCCUGAGGCGGCAUGCAGCCUGGCGCUGCUUAAUUACGGGAGACCCCCUUCUUCGGCCUCGGGCGGCUGCGUGCCCAUGGUUGCAGUCAGCUUCGAGCCGCAUUCGUUCUCCCAUGUUCAUAUCUGGGCGUUCACACGUUUUUCCUCUACCUUCGUACCGUCUUGCAUCGAUGCGGCGAGGGGCACAAACAUCAUCCUGGCGAAGGACCCAGCCAUACACAG